AUGCAAAAUCCACCAGUCUUGUCUGCUCCUGAUCCAGGAGAGAAGUUAUUUUUGUAUCUUGGGGUAUCUAGCAUUGCAACAAGUGCCGUGUUGAUUCGUUGCAAAGAAGGAGUGCAGUACCCAGUUUUUUAUGUUAGUAAAACGAUGACCGAAGCUGAACGAAGAUAUUCAAAAGUUGAACGGGUAAUACUUUCGCUCGUUAAUGCCAAGAUAUUGCUGCGGCAUUAUUUCGAGUCCCAUCCUAUAGUCGUUCUGACAACUUUCCCAAUCAGAGUGCUCAUGCACAAGCCGGACCUCUCGGGAAGAAUGACAAAAUGGGCCAUAGAGUUAAGCUCAUUUAACAUAACGUAUGAGCCUAGAACAGCUAUCAAAGGGCAAGUGGUGGCUGAUUUUUUGCUGGAGUGCGAUUCAGAAGAUGCAAAAGAAGACCUUAGCAGAUGUCUAUGGAAGCUCUACGUAGAUGGCUCCUCCAACCAGAUGGGGGCAAGUAUUGGGAUCAAAUUACAAACGCCAAAGCGCACAUCUUUGAGCCAAGCGCUCAGACUUGAAUUUCGAGCCACUAAUAAUGAAACAGAAUACGAGGUGUUGCUCAAUGGACUAAAGUUGGCCAAAGAGCUCAGGGUCAGCAACUUAACCGCUUUUAGCGACUCACAGUUGAUUGUCCGUCAGGUGAAUGGUGAGUACGAAACCAAGGACAAAAUGAUGGAAGCAUAUCGUUCUGCCGUGCUGCGUGCAACCAAAGGCUUUGAGAAAAUUGAAUUCAUCCGGUUAUUAAGAGAGCAUAACGACGAGGCCGAUCGGUUAGCAUGCAGUGCUUCGAGUUCUGGGGAGACAUUGGCAAGGGUGAUUCCAAUAGGUAUACUGAGCCAGCCAUCUAUCUUCGAAGAGCCUAUAGGCUCCGAUCCUUGGCAAGUAAAUCUCAUACCGUAUGAAUCAAGUUGGAUUGAUCCGAUCAUAACCUACAUUCGAGAUGGUUCUUUGCCCGAGCAACGGGAAGAGGCUAGGAAGGUCAAAUUGAAUGCUGCAAAGUAUGCCAUAGUGCAUAACCAGUUGUACAGAAGAUCUUUUUCUGGACCAUACUUGAAAUGUGUCACCCCCGCAGAGGCUCGGCAGAUACUGCGAGCUAUUCAUAAAGGUGUAUGUGGAAAUCAUUCCGGGGGAAGAUCUUUAGCGCACAAAGCAAUGAUACAGGGGUACUUCUGGCCGAACAUGUCAAGAGAUGCAGAAGAGUUCACUAGAAGGUGUAAUCAAUGA